AUGCACGACUUUCCUUCAUUGAAGCUUCCGAAGCUCGUCACGGAUGACGAUAACAAGUUGAUCAAGCUAGUCGGCAACACCCAGCACAUUAGAUCGAUUGCAGUUGCCUGGCUUCUGGGCUUGGCCACGACUUCCGGAAAGCAGCCAGCCCAUAGCUUUGAUGCAUGCUUUCUGCACUUGAGGCGCCUCUACUUAGACUGGUUGCUGCCGGGCCGUUUGAUCGACUUGACGGAGUCGCACAAGUAUGAGUUGACGGACGAGGCCUUGGACAGAUGGAGUCGGAGCAUGGUGGUCUUCUAUGAGAUCAUUGCCGCACUCCAAGCAGCCGUGUCGCUGCUGCCGUCCGAGUCGAUGAAGGAGGUCGCAGGCCUUCUGGAUGUCUUCAGCUUCUCGGAUAGGAAUGGACGUCCAGAAGGUUUCCGACGCGAAUCCUUCGAGUCGCACGCUCUGGCGCACAAGGAGAAACCUCUCCGCGAGUUCCUAGUCGCCAUCAUGGAGCAGGAGCGCGACGAUGACUUGAACGAGUUGAGCAGCAGCAAGAGGCCUGUAGUCGAGGUUUUGAAGGACAAGGAGUCGGAGCUGCAGUUGGGCGUGGACUUCCGCCACGUCCUGAACAGCCUGUCCAACGUCGUGGCCGAUAAGUCGACUGCGGAUGACAAGGACCAGGUCCGACUCAGCUCCCUUGUGACAGGCGGCAACCUCGAGUCGAUGGAGCAAUCCUUGGAGGAGAUGCAGAAACUGCGCGGCAAAAUCUUGGACAAGGUGACGGAGAAGUCGCGCAAGCACGUGAAGCUGCAUUGCUUCAAGGACAACGCGUCGACAAAGGCUGCUAUUCCACGCCUUCCAGAUGGGAAGCUUGGCAGUCGGCACCGGCUCUUUGUAGUCAGCGCGGAGCUGCUUGAUGAGCAUGAGGCCACCCAGUCGACCCCUUGGGCAAGUGCUCCCAACAACAAGGACUUGAAGGAUCUGCUAGGGAAGCAGUUGGAUUUGGCCAAGGAGCUAGCCACAGAGGCCUUUGACUUCAUUCUUGUGUCCGACGGAGCCAACAAGUCGCUGCGCGAACUCAUCCAGCAGAAACUCUCCCCGGUCUCCGAGUUCUUGCUGAUUUAUGAGGACAACACGGCUCGCUUCCUGGACUACAGCACACGCGGCCAGUGGCAGUCGCUCUACCUACUUCUUCCAAAAGGAGCGAAGGAGUCGCAGGUGAACAUGCAGCCGCGGGAGGAGUCGUCCAAGAUGCAGCACGUGUUCUCCUCGGUCGUCGCUAACGCGACGACGGAGAUUGACAAAAUGGGCGCCGAGUCCAAGAAGCAGGUCUGGGGGGGUAAGGGGCUAAUUACCCCCGCCCGGUGGCCAUUUGAGUCGGCACUGCCUUGGCAUUGGUCGGACACCAUGCCGACCAGCGUGUGGGAGACGUUUUGCACCAUGCUCCGCAUUGUCUCCGUGGUCGACCUGUCCGCUGGACCCACGUGUAUGCGGUCCUUCUUCGGCUCCGGAGUCGCGUACUUUGGGCUCUGCCGCAAUGAGUCGCUCCGUACCUGGUUGCAGGCAGUCGCCGACAAGGAGGCUUUUCCGGAAUUGGACGACGAGGACCAGGAGAAUCAGGGGAAUGAGGGCCAAGAAGGCGACCAAGAAGAGACCGAUGAGACAGUGUAUGUCCAGAAGCUCACCAAAGUUGUGGCCGAACCGGCCAUAACACCAGUCGAGGAGCUCUGGCCACCGCCGCCAGAUGCAGGCGUGCAGUGGCUGCAACAGCUCUCACACUGGGCUGCUGCCUCAGUUCGGGUGAAGCUGAGUCGCCUGGGUUUUGACAACCCCAAGCCGCGGAUCUUCGACAUGAGCGGCGACAAGUCGGAGCAGGCAGUCGUGGAGCCGUGGGAUCCGGAGCACGCCCAGGUGGCGCUCAAAAACCACGGCGAGUACCUUGCGGGGGGCCACUUGCUUUGGCUGUCCCUGGCCCGGCACCCUCACGACUCUGUAGUGGCUGAUGAAGUCGGCUACCGCGACUUAGAAGACCUCGGGAAGAUCAUGCACUUGCAGGACAAGUGCUGCUUCCCGGUCGCCAUACAGGCGUACACGUGGGAGCUGCCAGUCGGCUAUCCCGAGGUCGACAUGUUCCAAGCCAUUCGAAGUGACAAGUCGGAGUUGAUCCAAAACCUCUGGGACAAGGGCAACGCCAGUGAGUCGAGCAAGCAUUUGCUAAAACAGAGUUUGCUGGCCAGUCGGGAGCGAUCCCUCUACUUCGAGAAUACGUUCGUGACAUGGGCAAAGAAGUUGUGUGCGUACAUAGAUUCCCUAUCACCUCAUAGCAAGGGGCAGUCGCGCACGGAGCUUGUCAAGGCCCUGCAGAAGAACGACCCAGGGUUUGCCUAUAACGGCCAGGUCGGGAACUACUAUAUGGUGCACGCGGCCGAAGUUGUUUCCGAAGUCGUUGUGAACGAGGCCUUGCUUGUGCUUCAAGACUUGGGUCGCAGAUACGGAGUCGAGUUUCUGGCAUGUCAAUACAGCAAACUUUGGUAUAUGGCAUCUGCCGCGAAGAGAUGGGCUACAGACACCUUCACUCCAGUUGACGUGAUGGCUUUUGUGUUACUGCUCAUGGGAGACGAUCUGGUCAGCGAACGCUUGAAGGGCACAAAGUCGGUGACCAAGUCGGCCGUGAAGGUGCAAGCAUGCAGCACCUGUGAGGGCCAGUCGUCGCCGUGCACGAAGUGUCCGAUCAAUUGGCUGCGGGUGGCAUUGGAAAAGGCCCGACUCUGGCACUUCUGCGUGAAGGAGUUGCACGGGAAAGAGGUCUCGCCACAAUUGCUGCAGCAGUUCGUCAACAUCGGCUCACAUGGCAAGCACCACCUAGACAGCGAGUCGAAGAUGAAGCUUGCGGCCUGGGUGGAAAUAGCGGAGUCGAGCGCGAUGGAGAAAGCACUCCGCCAGGGCCAGUCGCUGGAGCUCCGUGCCAAAGUCGUGAGUCGAUUGCAGGAAGCCAUGGGCUUCGAUUUGGCAGCGAGUCGCCUGAAAUCCCGGACGGUGCUCCCGCAGUCGCUACAGGAGCAGCGUGACGCUCUGGUGGCGAGGGCGAAGUCGUUCGUCGACGAGCAUUUGCACUUUGAGGUGUACGGGAAGGCGGAGUCGCUUCAAGAUGCCAUCGACCGGGUGCCCCUGGACUGGAGGAAGCCAGGCGAGUUGAACAAGUCGCAUCGCUUGUUCGUGGUGUCGGCGACCCUCCUGUUCGAGGGUGAGAAGAAGCCGUGGACCGUGGCCAGCAG